AUGUAUCGUUUAGAACAAGGUGAAUCAUAUCUACCCGACAAACAAACUGCACUCGAAGAUCGGUAUUAUAAUAAUCCGAGUUUUCAAGAAGAGUAUCCUGUCAACGAUCCGGAUGUGCAAAAUGCAGCAACCAAGAUUCAAGCACAAUUUCGUGGCCAUAAAGCCAGACAGGAUUUGGACAAGAAGCGACGCGAAAAAGAUUUAUUCGAUACUGAUCGACAAGAAUUAGGUUAUGAUCGCGGACAGUCAACAACGCCAAGACAUGACGACGAUCAUCAUCAAACAUCAGCACGUGUUCCAAGUGCAAAAUUACAUCACGAAGAAAAACAUGAACAUAAGCCGAAAAAAGAAGAAGAAGAUCAACCAUUCAGUGAAGAACUGACAGAGGAGGAAAAAGCGGAACAAGAGCGAGCCGCAAGAUCAAUUCAAGCACGAUUUCGUGGCCAUAAGAAUCGAAAAAGUCCUGCCCAAGAUCGGUCCUCACCUGGUAGCGCUGUCAGUGAUCGUGACCAACCAUCCGACCGUCCACAUCAUCACGAAUCUGAUAAUGAAAAAGUCUCAUCUCGACCAUCAAGUCGUCUCGAUGGCAAGCACGAUAGUGAUCGACAUGAGACUGGUAAAUAUUUAUCCGACCAGAUACAUAUUAAAAAAACUCAAGAAAUCAUUUCGAAUUCAAGUGAGCAUCACGUUACCAGUUCUCAUCAUCUUGAACGUGAACCUACACAAUUAAGCGAAGAUUUCGAACGGCAUACUCAAAUCCCACGUGAUUUCGAUUUCGAUCGAGAAAAUCGACCCAAUUUGGACGCCGACGAAUCCGAUAUGAAUGAUCCGAAUCUUGAUAAAGCAGCGACACGUAUUCAAGCAUCGUUUCGGGGUUACAAAACGCGUAAAGAACUAGGCACUGGAGGAGCUCCUCAUGAUCAACAUCCAUCCUCAACAUCAUCGCACCCGCAUGAUGAAUACGACCAUGCUCACCAUAGCAAAGUUCUAUCAUCCUCGGUUGAAGGUAAUAAAGAACCGGAGUUUCAUGAGGAGGAUGACAAUGUCGCUGCAACGAAAAUUCAAGCCGCAUAUCGUGGUUAUCGAGUCCGAAAAGAUAUGGAAAAAUAA